CUGCGCUGAGUCGCUGACAGAACCUGACCAGGCAAGGCCAGUCCCGAGGAGUCUCUGUUGCUGACCCUAUACGCAGAAAAUAUUCGUAGGUACCGCCGACCCAUAUUUAAAUCUGCUGCAGGCUAGACCUGGAACACAUAAGACGCUGUGCUCUCUAGCUAGAGAAUAUGACUUGAGAGAGCCUCCACGACUCAAGUUACACCGAAGACAUGUAACGCUCAAAGCUUCUUCUAGGUUUUUAUGCCCUCAGGCUCUCCUCUCUGAGAACUUCACAUGCGCUCUGUUGUUAUUGCACACGUCGCUAUUGCCGCCUUUGGACUCGACAUCGUCUGCGAGUUGCUGCAUGAUACCGCGCCCUCGCUUCUGCAUUCAGACGUGAAGGUUCUCAAUGGUCAUGAAGAACCACGGGAUGCAGGAGUUGCGGACCAGAAGGAGGGGUCGAGGGUAGGGCUGAUGAGGGACGUGAUCUGUUAGGGAGAAUCAAAAGAGAUUGCAGCCAGCGACGCUCUACUACGCACCGUCACCGCCCGCUGAUUCCGACGUAUAUCUCGAACAAUUUCACUUACACCGUCAAACAUUUUCCUUGCACGUCCACAUAAAGUGCCUGCGUGAGCAUUUUCUCCUGGCUUUGAUUAUUUUCAAGUUUCAAAUCCCAUUCUUUUGGAAAACCAACUUCAAACUCCCACGAAUGGGAGCAUACAGGGGAAUAAACAGCAUUCGACACGUGGCCUGAAAAUAUACAGUACAAGCUGUGGCAUGAAAACACGAGCGCGCAGCGCUCGCCGUAU